GCAGGCUGGGGAGGGGCUGUAAGUUGGAAGUCCUCUCUCUAAGCUUUGCUCACAUUCCAUUAAUCUAAGGACCAAGCAAGACUGGUAGAAAUGGGUGGCAUUGAGCAGCUUGCUGAUAGUGACGUCGUACGAGCCUACGGCACGUAUGUGACCAUCGUGCUCCUAAAAAUGAUGGUGAUGAGUGUGAUCACUGCUUUCUUCAGACUAACAAGAAAGGUUUUUGCCAACCCUGAGGAUGCAAUAUCGAGUAGCAAAGGUGGAGAUCCCAAGAAAUUUGUGAGGACUGACCCAGAUGUCGAACGAGUUCGCAGGUGCCACCUGAAUGACAUCGAGAAUAUCAUUCCUUUCGUUGGGAUUGGUCUGGUGUACGUUCUGUCUAAUCCAGAUCUCUUCACAGCUUUGCUGCAUUUCCGAAUAUUCGCCGGUUCGAGAAUCUUCCACACUAUCGCCUAUUUAACGCCACUUCCCCAGCCUAGCCGUGCCCUCAGCUGGGCCAUUGGCUAUGCUGUCACCAUUUCCAUGGCAUACAGAGUUUUGCAGAAUAUUUUAUAUUUGUAAAUGGUACACCCGACAGUUAACAAAUGAUCUAAAAU